GCGGUAUGCCGCGUAGCAGAACCCAUAGCCAUAACCUCCAUCCUACCCUACGCCUGGUCCAUGAUCAAGGACUUCCACAUCACAACCGAUCAAAACGCAUCCUUUUACGCUGGCAUCCUCGUAGGAGCCUAUGCCUUUUCUGAGGCAAUCACCAGCGUCUUCUGGGGUGCGUUAUCCGAUCGCAUUGGUCGAAGGCCCGUGGUUCUGCUGGGAUGUUGUGGAACUAUUGUGUCCCUUAUGCUAGUGGGCCUAGCGCCGACUUUCUGGGUGGCUCUCGUGGGGAGGAUUCUGGGUGGUGCCCUAAAUGGGAACAUUGCAGUCAUCCAGACCAUGGUUUGUGAGUUGAUCGAGGAUGCAGAGAAUGAGCCGCAAGCGUAUGCAGUGAUGCCGUUUUUUUGGUCCUUGGGGACGAUCAUCGGUCCUGCCAUCGGGGGUUUACUGGCCAAACCAGCAGAAGGGUUUCCUUCGAUGUUCUCUCCCACGGGGCUAUUUGGCAGAUUCCCAUAUCUGCUACCCAAUCUCGUCUGUUCGAUCCUGCUAUGUCUGAGCAUUUUCUGCGUGUGGCUGUUCCUCCGCGAAACACAUCCAGACAUGCAACCACAGGAUACAAAAUGGCACGACCCAGCACAACAACCUCUCCUCAGCCACCACACUGACAGUGACCCAACAAACAACCCUCUCUCAAACGACCCCCCAAAACCCAGACCCUCAUCUCCCAACACCACCACCACCACAAUCUACACCCCCUCCCUAACAAUGUUCAUCCUCGCCCUCGCAAUCUUCACCUUCCACUCAAUGUCCUACGACCACCUCCUCCCCAUCUUCCUCCAAGACUCCUCCCCCUCUUCCUCCCCCACCCUAAGCAAAAACCCCCUCUCCAUCCCCUCCGGUCUCGGCCUAACCACCCAAACCACCGGCCUCAUCCUCGCCUCAGACAGCAUCAUCGCCCUCCUCAUCCAGAGCAUGCUCUUCCCUGUCCUGGCCCGCAUAUACGGCGUCUGGAAUCUCUAUAUAUUCGUGACUUCUCUGCAUCCAGCAUGUUACCUGAUACAUCCUUUUCUUGCCUUUCUUCCACGUUAUCUAUUAUUCCCGGGGAUAUACAUAUGUCUGAUUAUCAGGAAUGUUCUAUCGAUUAUUGCCUACCCGGUAUUACUUAUAUUGAUUAAGCAAGCAACGGUGGAUCCAAAGGCGCUGGGAAGAGUUAAUGGCCUUGCGGCGUGUGCGGGGGCGGUGUCCAGGAUGGUUGCCCCCCCGGUAGCAGGGGCGUUGUAUGCGGUUGGGAAGGGGGUGGGGUGUACGGGGUUGGCGUGGUGGGGGACCGCCGGGGCAGCGGGGGUAGGGGCGGUGCAGGUUUGG